AUGCACGUUAACUCACCCAAGUCGCUCUUGAAUCAAUUUGAGAAACUGCGUCUACAAGUUAAAUUGGGACACUCAAUCUAUGUAAACGAGUUUAGAGAAAAACUGCAUGACAUUUUGUUUGGCAGGAUACAAAUGACCGAGAAUUUAGUACAUGCGUGGAGACUAAUGUGUGAAUGGGUAACAAGGCCACCUAUUAACAACCAUCAAAAUGCUGUAAAAUGGGUUGAUUUAACUCUAGGAGCUUACAUCAAUGCUCAAAAAUUUUACAUAUCACAUCGUCACCUAUUAUUGAAACGUAAAUCUCUCUCUCAAAGCACAUGA